UGUGUCCCGUAAACCCUGAAGCUGAAAUGUGGUUCAAAGCUUUGUUCUUUCCUAAACUCACCGAGUUGGCUCCCCCCUUCAGAUUCAAGAACCAUGCAAGUUGCCUCCAGUGCUCGCCGUGCCUUUCGGCUUCUCCGCCAAUCUCCGAUGUUCCUCAACUCCAACAACCAUUUCCUUCCCUCUCAUCACUCCACCAACCCAUCACAACACACCCCUUUUCUCUCAGGGAUCACACAACGUGAUUAUUGGCAUGUGUCAAUGGAACCAAUGUAUUUCAUGAUGCCAAAGGCUUUUUAUAGUUCUGGAGUGGAAACUAUUGAAGAGACUCCCACAGUGGCUGUAAAGGAGCUCUAUGAUAAGAUGCUUGAGUCUGUAAAAGUUAAACGAUCAAUGCCACCUAAUGCUUGGUUAUGGUCAAUGAUUGAAAAUUGUAAACACCAACAAGAUAUAAGACUCCUAUUCGACAUUUUGGAGAACCUCCACGUAUUUAGGCUAUCAAAUCUUCGAAUUCAUGAUGACUUUAAUAGCAAUCUCUGUCAAGAAGUUACUAAAGCAUGUAUUAAAGCAGGAGCCCUUGAAUUUGCAAAGAGGACUUUAUGGAAGCAUAAUGUCUAUGGACUGAGCCCAACUGUUGCUGCUGCUAAUCAUUUACUGACGCAUGCUAAGAAUCACAAUGAUACUAAAUUGCUGGUGGAAGUAAUGAAACUUCUGAAGAAGAAUGAUUUACCAUUGCAACCAGGCACAGCAGAUAUUGUUUUCAGCAUUUGUUACAAUACUGAUAAGUGGGAUUUGAUUAAUAAGUACGGAAAAUGGUUUGUCAAGGCUGGUGGCGUAAAACUACGGCAAACCUCAUUUGACAAAUGGAUGAAGUUUGCUGCCAAAAGAGGCGAGACAGAGCCAUUGUGGGAAAUGAAUAAGUUGAGACUUGAGACAAAGAAGAUACCUACUUUGACAGCUGGGAUUUCUUGUGUUAAGGGUUUUUUGUUAGAGCGUAAUCCCAGCGAUGCAGCUUGCAUCAUUCACGAACUAAAUGAGAAUUUGGAUGAUGCAAAAAAGAAAGGCAUUAAGGAUGAACUUCAGAAGCUUAUCUCCGAGUGGCCCAAGGAAGUUAUUAAGUACAGGAAAGGAGAGGAUCAAAAGACACUAGCAUCGUCUUUAAAAUCCGAUAUCCUUGCCAUGAUUACUCAACUGAACAUGGGACUUGAGGCAAGUCUAAAUUUGGAAGACCUUAAGGGAUAAAUGCUUGUUCAAGGAUGAGCUUCAUACCAUGAUGAUUUUUCUGGGUCUUCUGUUAGGUCCUGAGUUCAAAGUAGGAAACGUUGAUUACUUACAUUGGAAAUCAUUCUUUUUUUUCUUCCAAUCAUACCUUUUUCUUUCUAAUAUUUCUGCUUAAUGGUGUCUAUUAGUGGCAUUUAGUUUCCAAAAUAUGAAAUGUUGUUUUA